AAAGUGACAGAUCACAUAAAUAAAAACAAAAUUUCAGUUAAAAAAAAUAGAUUUCUCAGUUAUUGAUCCGAUUUUUCAUUCAUUGUACAAUUCCCGAAAAGUAUGAUAAUAAAUUGAAAGAACGAAUCAUAAAGAAACUUAUGAAGUCCAAUUUUUAUGGUGAAUUUCCUUGAAUGGUGACUUAAAAAUGGAAAAGGGUUAUACUAAUUUUGAGUUUGAAUGGGCAGAACAUGCGAACGUAUCCUGGUGUUUAAAGGAUUGUGAUUCUAUCGCAAGUAGAGAUUCCGUUCAAUAUUUGUUUGAUAUAUUAGUUCAAAAUAAAGAAGUCCGCCUGAUUCCUAACAAUGCUGUAACCUGCAAUGAUUUCCAAACACUUCCAUGCUUUCAGUAUGAAAGUCCUUCCAAUGCAGACCUCAAUCAGUAUAUAAUCAGCUUGUUAACUUCUCAACUUGAAUUAGCUAAAGAGACAUGCACAACAACAAGUUUCGCAAUUACCCUCCGACAAAGGGUUUUGAUUUUAAAGAGGAUUUAUCAUGCAAUUACAAGAAAAUAUCACAACUCUGAUAAUUUGGAACUUCAAAAAUCUGAACCCAUUGUGGGAAUACUGCCAAAAGAUGAUAAUUUUACGGCUUCAAAUGCUAUUUUAGAAAUUGGACUGAAAACUGGUUUGAGUUUAAUAUUUUCUCUUCUGAGACGAGAUUGGCAAGUCAGCAGUUUAUUGAAAAUGCCUUCCAUAUCAGAGACAAUGCUGCAGACUGCUUUCGAUUUGGUAAAAGGCUUACCACCUCUAUGUAUGUCAAAUGACACUGAAUUAACACAAUUAGGAAUCUCAUCUAUUGAACAAACUUGUGUAUUUCUCAAAGAUGCUGUAUUAAAUGAACUAAAUGUAGAUAUACGCUCAAAGAAGUUAUCGUGUGAAUUAUUAUUAGGGAUAGCAAUGCAAAGGGGCUCUUUGAGAUAUUUAUUAGAAUGGAUUGAAAUGGCUCUUGAAGGCGCAACGAAAGAUGGUGAAUUAAUUUCCAGUUAUUAUUUCAAAAAAGUAAUGUGGCAGUUGGAAACUACUAAAACAAGAAUGAAAUUAGAAAACAGUGAUGAUCAAAUGAAUAUAUAUGAUACAGCUUUACUGUUGAUGGAAUUGGUAUCAUCUAUGGCUGUUGAUUUUGGAGGUGCUUGUACUUCAAUUGAAACUUCAACAUCUGAUUUAGAUUCAGGGGUUUUACAAAAAGGUGAUGUUUAUGUUUGGGGUAGUAACUCUGCCAACCAGCUAGCAGAGCCUAGGAGCCUAGAAAAAAUAUACCGUCCUAUUUUAUCCAAAGUAUUCACGCAAGUUAAACAAAUCGAAGCGGGGCAAUAUUGUACUUUCAUUAUACAUUGGGAUGGACAUGUUAGUGCUUGUGGUAAAGGUACUUAUGGCAGGUUAGGUCUUGGAGAGUCAUCAAAUCAAAGUUCUCCAAAACGUAUCGCAUUAGAAAGCAUCAUCACAAAACUCUCCAGUUCUAGAGGGAGUGAUGGACAUACAUUGGCUUUGACAGAUAAGGGAGAGGUUUACAGUUGGGGUGACGGAGAUUACGGUAAAUUAGGACAUGGAAAUUUGGCAACACAUAAACAACCAGAAAGAAUCACUGGACCUUUCCUGGGGAAAAAAAUCAAAUAUGUGAAUGCAGGUUAUAGGCAUAGUGCAGCUAUUACAGAAGAUGGCAAACUCUACACUUGGGGUGAAGGCGAUCAUGGAAGGUUAGGGCAUGGUGAUGGUAAUGGUAGACAGAUACCGACUCUUGUCACUAGUUUGAACGAAGUAGGAUCUGUGGCCUGUGGCAGUUGUCAUACACUUGUCGUUUCUCAAGACGGAAAAAACGUUUGGUCUUUCGGUUCUGGCGAGCAUGGAAAAUUGGGACAUGGCGAAAUUGCGAAAGUGUUCAAACCGAAACUCAUAGAGGCUUUACAAGGAUUGAAAAUACUGAAAGUUUGUGCUGGUACCACUUUCUCUUUGGCACUUACAACAAGCGGCCGAGUGUACGCUUGGGGUAGCGGUCCAAUUCUUGGUAUCGGUUCUGGCGAUGCAACAUAUCUCCAACCUAUCCUUGUUGAAGAUUUGGCACAACAUAGAGUAAUCGAUAUAUCAGCAGGGGAUGCACAUUGUUUGGCGCUCACAGAGGAUUAUGAAGUAUAUGCGUGGGGUUUAAACACUAUGGGACAAUGUGGUCAGAGUCAUUCUUCUAUACCUGUUACUAGACCCACAAAGGUGAUGGGACUAGAGGGCAUUAAAAUUAGACAAAUAAGCGCAGGUACUUCUCAUUCGAUUGCAUGGACGUCAAUACCCAGUGAAUGCCCCAUGAUAUUGAGACACAAAAUCUUCUGCUUGGAUCUGCAUGAGAACACAUUCAAACUCUUCAACAAAUUCCUGGAGAAGUAUACAAACACUUUCAAGUACGAAAUGCCACCAGUACCUUUCAAGACAACAUCGGACCAUCAGAGAUUUGUAUUGUUGUGUCUUCGACUUCUUUGCAACCAUUUGAGUCUGUGCUUCAACGGAAAUUUAGGACAUAAUAUGUUGAGGAAACACUCGAAAUCGCUGAGAACAGUUUUAUUUAGGUUGGUUGAUAUAGAAUCUCCGCCAGAAAUUCAUUCUGCUGUCACUGAGCUCAUCAACGUCGGAGCUUGUCUUCUUCUACCUCAACUACACGAACGUCUGGAACUUCUUGACAUAUACCUAACCAGAGGUUCUAAUCUAACGCAAGGGGAACAGAUGCUGCUCAGAAUUAUGCUGAACAGUUUGGAAGAUCCAACGCACAUAGCGACCCUACUUGGCUACAGAAAUACUACCGAAAAAAUUAAUCCAGCCGAUUGGAAUCUCACCGGAAAUUUGAUGAAUACGUUGUUGGUUACUUUCACGAAACACACGGAGGAAACCCUGAUCGACAUUACGGACCACCUGAGCUCUCAGAAAGAGGUCAAAUGGCAAAACGUUGAAGAUCCACAUAUAACAGAUCUUCGCAAAUUACUGUCCUCUUUUCAAAACCAUCUUCUUGCAAACCUGGCCAUUCCCAGAGACGAAUGUCAAUAUGGCCUCGAUGACACAAUAUUGAAAGAUCAUCUCACGCAGUUAAUUCCUUUAGCAAUCGAUAUUUUGACAAAGAGCUCUGCCGUUGUCGAGGCUCAUCCUUCUAGUUUGGAGUUACUUUAUAACGUGCUGUUGGAAUCCGCUACUGGCUCUAUGUUGUUCAAGAUACUGAAUUCUUUGUUGUUGUUGCCUUCAUACUUUGUGAGGAGCAUUUUGACGUUUCUGGUUGAUUUGCUGGACCCUUUGGAGGACUUCAACAAACUUUUACCGUUAGUUAUUCGUGAUAAUGAGAAGGAAUCGAGCAGAUCAGAAACUCCAACAUUUUCCGAGCUUGCCGACCGAUCUUGGAUUUGGUUGGUAGAACUGCAAAAAACUUGCUCUCUACUCAUCGGACAGUGCUUGGGUGAGAUGCUGAUUGGUCAUCCGUUAACCGACAAAGAGAUAUCUAGUAGACACUGGCUUUCCAACGAAUUAUUUUCCAAUGGAAUCGAGAGCAACACCCCAGACAUAAUAUGCCUUAUGCAGGCGUCUUUGGUUGUCUGUUCCAACAUGCUGAAAAACCCGAUAAAGGAAAGUUGUUUCACCAGGGGCAACAUCAAACUGUUCAAACUGGCCUUCAACGUCCAAGACGAUCUGGGCGAGACUUCUAGUUCUUGCUCCGACCAAAAAAAAGAUUUCUACGGAACUAUGAUGUCCACCAACUGUGAUAAUUGGGAGUUUGAGAACGAAGACGGCAAAUUAGUUGAGAGGGUGAUUAGAUGCUUCCUCAUAACGAUACUUAAACAUACCGGUUACAUAAACGAAUCUCCGAAUCAUGAAGCGGUUAAGGAGCUUUACAAAUGUGCACAUAGACUCAGGCGGAAACUUAUAAACUUGAUGUGCUACACGUUGGAGAACACCCCUAAGAACUGUCCGGGUACUGUAACUGAAGAGUUCGCUAAACAGAAUGAUUUCUUUGGUUUAUUGAACAAUUUGAAUGAGGAGAAUAAGUUUUUGGAGUGUUGCGAGAUGGUGAUACAGAGGUGUCUCUAUCUGAUGGAGUUUGUGAAAGAGAUAGACGUCGAAAUGUACGAGAGCAAAAACAGCGGCUGCGAAGAAGAAAUAGAGGACGAAAAACAAUACGUAGACGCCUACGAAAACGAACAGAUCACGCGAUUCGUUGUACUUAAAAAAAUCGGCAACGCCUGCCUGAACUUCGUGUGUAACGAAACGACAGGCAACGCCACCUGUCUGCAUAAAGCCAAUCCGAAGGACGGAUGGAACACUGAACCUCUAGUCAUAAAUGCUGCCCUCUUGAGUCAGAAGAGGAGGGCGGAGUGUAGAUUGGAAGCGUUGGAACACCUUCUAGUCUUGCUCAAGAAGGAAAACGGGGACUUGUUGUUGAACUGCAUGCACCAACAGGUUUUGGCAGGUUGUUUCGGGUUCUUCUCCGCGAAAUACGGCGAUAAUGUCACCUACUUACAGCAUUACUUGGACGAUAUCAAAUCUGCUCCGUCCGGUUUGCAGGAGAAAAUUAGGACAGUUGUGUACAGCAUAAGGGAACACCUUGCCAAGUCCUUGAGUAAACAGAUCAGUCUCAAUUCCGACAACAACUUGUUACUUCUCAUAACGAUUUUUUCACUGACCACCCAGUUUCAGCCAAACGAUCUGAGUUUAGCUAUUAAGGACAACCUAUUCUCUAUGCUGCUGACUUUGAUGCAGUCUGUACCUAGAGGCCACACCAAAUGUCACUUAGUGAACAUCUCCGUCUCAAGGCUGGUCAACAUAAUGUCGAUUUCAUGUUCUCUCCACGCUAAAAAACUAGAUUCAUCAGCCUUAAAGACGGUAGUUAGUAAACUGCAAGACAGACUGUGGUACUUAACCACAAUUUACAACGUCUGUUACGGUGGGUCUCAAGUGAGCUGUUACACUUAUACCGAGAGAAUUUUGGGAGACUUUCUUUUAGUCCUUAGGAUUAUAUCUUCGAACCAAGCCAUACGGAAGCUGCUAGCAACGAAAAAGUGGAUAUUUGCCUUGUUGUCGGUGAUGGAUACACAUGACGCCAAACUUAGCGUGACUGCACAACUGUCCUUGCUUAGGCCGAAAAUGUUGGUGUUACAGAUUCUCCAAGGUAUACUUCCCAAGUUGAAACCCGAUGACAUCGACGAUGAGCUGCGCAAACAUAUAAUCAAUAGGCUCUUUGAGCAGCUUGGGAAGACUGUGUGGUAUCUAUCGAGUACAGUGGAGUUACUACCUCAAAUAAAUUUCAACGAGAAUAAAGAAGCAAUAGAUAAAAUGAAGGAAAUUAUGGAUAAAAUCUGCGAAAGCGACAUACCAAUCCAUGAUAUGGGUUUCGAUUCGGAGAAAUGUAUGAAUUGUAGCGUUGAGAGCAGCUUGACUCUGGUCCAUGGCAUCGGUGGCAGAGGUUAUGGUCUCGUCAACCAAGUCAUCAAAACUGGUUGUUACCAGUGGAAAAUAUUGAUUGUUAAAGAAAACAGAGGCAAUGAAGGCUGUUGUAUUGGUGUAUCUAAGUUCCCGAUUAAAGAUUUUAGUCAUCGAUCCACCAAAGAUAUGUGGUUGUAUAGGGCUUAUAGUGGAAGUUUAUACCAUAACGGAGAAAAGGAUAAUAUACCCAAUUUUCCAAGUUACACUCAGGGGGAUUAUAUUACGGUGGUGCUGGAUAUGGAGCUUAAGACUUUGAGUUUUGGAAAAAAUGGCGAGGAACCUAGAGUGGCCUUUGAAGGUAUCGAUGCUACGGAGCUAUAUCCUUGUGUUAUGUUUUAUAGCACAAAUCCUGGAGAGAAAAUCAAAAUUACAGACAUGAAGGUCCAUGGAGCACAGAGAGAACUACAACCAGGAGAGCCAAAUUUGGCACCACUGGGUGCAGUAUUGAGUGAAUCAUUCCUCACUUUGUUGAGAAAACUGCACGAUUCAGAUACUUGGACAUCAGAGGUGAACGGGGCCCUGGUUGCAAGACUACAAAGGAUAGAAAAGCUUUUCCCUGUAGUGCAGUCGCACAAUAACGACUUGAUGGUUAAUCUUGAGAAUCCUGAAAACCACAACGAAAAGAACACAAUCAACACCGACGAGUUGUGUUUGAACGUUUGGCCAGCACUGGUAGUUAUUGGAGGCUUGGACCGAGGCUUGAAAAUGGGAGGCUAUUGCAGGCAUAGGACUACCGGUAAGAAGGGAGUUGUGAUGGGCGUUUUGAAAAAGGGUAUCACAACUGUUAAUGUGCAAUGGGAAGGUGAGGCAGAAGUUGGUGAGGUUUCUGUGCCGAAUUUGGAAAGUGUAGAAGCUCAACCGUUUAAUACGGGUAAAUUUAUGGGAUUGACAUCCACCUUACUCUACCACGUAACCAGACUAUCAGGCAUAUCGGACGAGAUCAAAUUCCCCAACCACAACCUAACCGAAGACGAAGAGUACCUCCUGAACAACGAAGCGUCCAAAACCAAAAAACCCCAAAGGAAGACCAACCUCACUAGUCCGGAGUCUCUUAGGUCCUGUUCCGAUUCCCAAAUAUCGCAUCAGAGCAACGUGGACGCCCAACACGCCACGCCCAGGACUAUGGAAGCCCUCACCAAUGACAUGGUGUCCAGGAUCAUGGGGGAGGUGACACGUAUUAGCACAGAGAAGAUCCUUGGUUCACAGAGCGACUCCACCCUGAAGGAGAUGAACGAAAACGAUAACGGACCCGGUGGCAACAGCUUCCAGCUGAAGCUGUUGGAGAAGAAGCUGUCGGAGAUGGAGGGCUUGUGCCUGAAGUUGACGUCGUUGCAGUUCGCGGCGCUCAAGGCGCUUGGAGUCCUCUUGACUUCCAGCACCUAUUCGGAGAUCUUCUUGAUCAACUACGACACGGACAAAAAACAGAGUGAGACGGAGAUAAAACACGUCAUCCAGUUCCUUGCGGAGAAGAGCGUGGACAAAUGCAAGUUGAAGACCAUCCUGAGCCUGAGCGAGAUAGAGAGGGUGGAGGGGAUAUUGCAUUUGAACUACAUCAAGAGUAGGUCUGUUGUGAAUAGCAAUCAGUCUUUGGGUUUUGAAGUCAGUGAGGUUUCGAAUGAGUGUGAGAUUUCUAAUGUGGAUUCUUCGCUGCAAUCGGAUGCUGGAGCUAGCAGUUCCAGGAAUAAUUACCCUCCGCGUAUAUCGAAUUCUUUGUUCACUCCUUAUGGACUGGGAAUGCAAUCAGAUUCAGAAGCCAACCUGAUCCAGAACAGAAGGGCCCCUCUGCCCCCUGUGAUAACUCAUCUCUUAGAAAUGGGUUUUACAGAGGACCAAAUCUUUCGAGCGGUUUUAGAAACUAGAACCGUUGCCGAACUAAACGCUGCUACUACCAUAAACACUCUGGCCUCUUGGAUGCUGGAGAACCCUCAACCGGACAGCAGUGAAGAUCUCACCUUAAACGCUUCAGGCUCUAGGGUGAUUGAUGGGAGUGAUCUAAUAAGACAGCAGAGUCUGGAGAGUACCAGCGGUGAGUUUGACAACCUAAGCAGAAGAUCUUCGUUCAAUCCAAGAAGAAGGGCCCAUUCUGAACUGAGAUACCUAAUUGUCUCACAAGCAUGGAAUGAUAUACAUGAAAGGAGAGAGAGGCAAGCAAGAGAAAUGAGGCACAGACUCCGUGUUAGAGGAGACACCCGCGCUAUGCUGAAUGUACUAUCUGAAAGGGAAAGAGAAGAGUCUGAAAUGUUUUUUAGUGAAAAUGAUUUGUUCGAUGACAACGAAGAAGGAACCAUGCCUGUCGAUUUCAUAUUCAGUGCUGGAUAUACGAAUGUAACCAAGCAGCUGGCUGUUUGUUCUUACUGUGGUAUUAUGUCACCUAACCUAUUGGACCACAUGUUAGGUUAUCAUGUAGGAUGUAAUGCACCAGUUGGUAGAGGCUUUUGUGGUGCAACGUUAGGAGAUUAUUAUAUCUUAUGCAAGCUCUGCAAGAAGAAGUACACUAAAAAAUAUUUGAAACUCAUUGCUCCAGAUAUCAUUUUUGAUGAGAAUGAUACCACCGAAUCUAAUGUGCGAAUCAUAGAUGUCUCGAAUUACAACGAUUUGGAAAAAUUGAAAAACCUCACCAGCUUGCAAUCUAUGGAUCCUGAAGUGGAGAGUAUAUCGAUGAGUCCACAUGACCCCUUAGGCAGGGCUGCGGUUCCACAAGUCCCUCUCGAGAACUCCUCAGAAGUCGAUCAACAACUCCGUUUCGUAACCAACCAAGCAAUGUUCCUGACCACUUCCUUGGACAGGAUAACCGCUCUGAAGUAUAUGACAACAAGUAUCCACAUAUUGCUGUCCAGGACCAUAAUACUCAAUAUCCUGUCGCUUUUGUCGAUCAACACGAAUUCCAUCAGUCUCGUGAGCUGUUUGGAACACAUAGGUUUAUCGGAUAUAAGAAAAUUCAUCCAGUUGAUGACGUUGGUAGCAAUGAACCGGGUGGAGUUGUCUCAUGUGCCCACCGUUGGGGAAAUCCCUAGUUACCAGUUGCCGAAGGACUUCUUCCAAUUGGUCAGCAACUUGCCGACAGCUUCCACAGCUUGCCUGAACUAUCUCAGUGUGAUAAUAGCUGCCCUGGCUCAAAAUGACGUCGAGUCCUCCAAUCUAGUGGUUAAUCUGUGCACCAAAGACCUUUUAGAGUCGGCCAGCGGGGUCAACAUACCUACAUCUGCCUUUCCAGUCACUCAAGCGUUGAUAAACAUUCUGUCCACCCACGGAGGUUGUUCCAUGUUGGAUAUACCUAAAGACGAGUCUUCUUUGAACUCCAGUUUCGAUUUCGACCAAUUGACAGUCGGUCCUCUAACGUUAGUGAACGCUUUGUCGGCUUACAUAAUGUCGAGAAGGAUAGAUUCGACGUACAAGGAGUGGGCCGCCCAGAAACUGUUCAAGAGCUUGGCCACCAAAGUCCAGAUGAUGUCCGGUCCCCAUUUGGAGCAAGUGAACUUCGCUGAUCUCUCCAGCUUCCUUAGAAUCAAGAACGUAUCGGUUCCGGUGCCAUGUCACAACGAAAGGGUGACUUGUGUUUGCUGGAUCGAUGGAGAGAGGACGCUGGCCACUGCUGGUAAUGACGGUAGCAUGCGAUUCUGGCGCUUGGACGAGGACAGCGAGCUAGUUCUUGCGUCUCUAGCUGUGUUCCGUUCUUCAUCGUCUCAGUUUUGUAGGCUAAUGAUGGACAGGCCCAUCGAGCACUUUGUAUCGUCACCGUAUGGAAGAUUGGUAGCAGCUAGCGUGGGCAAUACGAUCAACGUCUUACGUUAUAUAGAAGUAGAGGGCAAUCCCAUGUAUUCGGAGUGGGCGAUUGAACGACAAACUAAUUUUGUUACUGCUUUGGCUUUCCCGAAGUUUAAAGAUCGCGCCAAGUGCGAUGUUAAUCACUUGCUCAUAGGAAAGAUCGAUGGAUCUGUUACCAAGUUUUCCAAUAAUAACAAAGAGAAGAAUGUGGAACAGAUGGUGAAUCUGUCUAUGUCACAUUCUGUCACCCAUAUCGACUGGCAUCACGAAGAAGAAGCCUUCGCUAUAGCAUACAGAGACGGCACCUUAAAACUAGGCUGGCUCGAUCCCGACCUCAGCAUCAUAACGUUGAAAGCGCACGAGACGUCGAUAUGCGGCGUCGAAUGGAAUAGCACCGGCGAACUGUUGGCAACCCUGUCCACCGACUCGACCUGUAAAGUGUGGAUGUUCGAGGACAAAGAACUCAAACUCCUCCUAACCUUAUCCCAACCUUACGAACCGGUGACCUUGAAAUGGUCCCCUUUGAUUGGAGACAGCGACACGCCCCACCUACUGGCCGUAGGAACCGUCUACGGAACGGUGGCGGUGUGGACGUUUUCCGUGAUGGACGUCGAGGAUAAGGAGCCUCAGUUGGUCAUGCAUUGCCAAGGUCACUCUUACAACCCGGUGACAGCGCUGGCUUUCAAUAACAGCGGCCUCCUUUUGGCCUCAGGCUGUUCCAAAGAACCGACAGGAGUCGUCAACAUUUGGUCCAUGCACAACGGUACCUUGGUGUACAGUUGUUUGGGUAAAGGAGGUUUGAACCCUAAGGGAAUACGGUGGUAUGGCAAUAAGUUGAUGUCCACCUUUUCACGAUCCGAAUACGUGCACAUCACCGACUUCACCAUGGAGCAUCUGAAGAAGAUAAGCGCGUUAAGUGCCGCCAGGUGCGCCCUGAUGAAGAGGGGAAUCAGAAACUUCAACAACGUGCAAUCUUUCAAGCAACUGAUAUGCCUACUACCGACCAUAAUUCUCGACCAGUACAACAACCGGGAGAAGAUGCUCGUACAGACUGGUUACCAACUGAUGCAUUCCGCCUACCUGAAGUCCCUGGCCUCCUUGGCCAUCCUGUUGGACAUCGACAGCGUGCUCUGCUACCCGCUCCUCCCGUUCAACAACAAAAACGACAAGUUCGAGCCCCAGUACCACUGGUUGUACACGUUCAGCGUGGGCGCCAUGAUGGCCGACAGUCUGAUCAAGAGGACCGAGCUACCUGCCCAAAUAAUCAAGCAGGCGCGCGUGGUAGACGGCGACGUCAAACCGUCGGCGGUGCAGAACAUCUUCUGGACGCUCAAACAGGACGAGCAGAUCAUGCAGUGGGUGGUGCAGCGCCCUCAGGAUUGGCAGAUCGGCGGGAAGUGCGACACCUACCUGUGGGGCUCGGAUCGGCACGGUCAGCUGGCCGAAGUGGGCUACAACGCGCCGUCGCCGGUGCUGGUGAGGUCGUUCGAGUCUGCGCGCAAGAUAGUGUGCGGUCAGAACUGCACGUUCGUGAUCCAGGGCAACGGCACGGUAUUGGCUUGCGGCGAGGGGAGUUACGGUAGGUUGGGCCAGGGCAACUCGGACGAUCUGCACAGUCUGACCGUGAUCUCGUGUCUUCAAGGGUUCGUUAUUACCGAUAUGGCGUCGUCGGUCGGUUCGGACGGGCACAGUUUGGCCUUGGCCGAGAGUGGAGAGGUGUUCUCGUGGGGCGAUGGAGAUUUCGGCAAGUUGGGGCAUGGUAAUAGCGACAGACAACGUAGGCCUAGGCAGAUAGAGGCGUUGCAGGGUGAGGAGGUGGUACAGGUGGCUUGUGGAUUCAAGCAUAGCGGUGUGGUGACUGCGGAUGGAAAGCUGUUCAUGUUUGGAAACGGCGACUACGGGAGAUUGGGACUGGGAUCUACGUCCAAUAAGAAGCUUCCUGAGAGGGUGACCGCCCUGGAGAACUACAAGAUCGGCCAGGUGGCCUGCGGCCUCAACCACACGGCCUGCGUGUCCCAAGACGGCAUGAGAGUGUGGACCUUCGGCGAAGGCGACUACGGAAAGCUGGGACUUGGCCACACCACCGCCAAAUCUCAGCCGCAGAAGGUGUCGACGAUGUGCAACAUAGGGGUGAAGAAGGUGGGCUGCGGUACCAACCUGACCGUGUUCUUGACCAAGGAUGGCAGGGUGUUCGUCUGCGGCGUGGACAGAGUGCCGUGGCAGGCCCACUCGAGGGAGAGGACGGACCUCAGGCCGCACCAGCUGAUGUCGCUUGCCGAGUACAACAUCGAGGACUUCGCCAUGGGCACGGAACACGUGCUGUUCCUCAGCGCGUGCGGCAAGGUGUUUGGCUGGGGCAUGAACAGCGAGGGACAACUGGGCGUGCCUUACGGUAGUUCAUCUAUAAAUCCUAAUUCUGUAUUCCAUCAUCGCAGAUCGUUUGUGAGGGAGCCUGAAAUUAUACAGGAACUGAGCAACAGGGGUAUUAGGCAGAUAUCGACCGGACGCACCCACAGCGCUGCCUGGACUGCGCCACCGUUGCCACCGAGAGAACCGGGCGUGACCAGAUCUCUUUCUUUCGGCACGCCUACCGAGAUACCCGCCCAGUACGAUCAUCUGGCCGGCCUGCCCAUACAGAACUUGCGGGCUCGUCUUAAAUUCCUGUACAACUUUUCGGACAUGCUGUAUUCCUGCUGGACGUUCAUGCCGCUCAGCGACCAGCAGGGCGAGAUGCAGAUGCCUCCGCUAGAGGGACUGGUGUCGGCCAAGCUGAGACCUUUGCUGGCUCCGAAGGUGUAUACUUUGCCGUUCGUCAGAUGCAUAGGCAAGACGAUGGUGCAAGGGAGAAAUUACGGACCGUUGAUCGUGGUGAAGAGGAUUUCAAAUGAAAACCGAAGAUGCAAGCCCAUCUUUGUACAGAUAGCAAAACAAAUAGUUAAAUUCCCUCCAAUCGAGGUGAGAUUACCGUCCAGAGCUUGGAAGGUGAAAUUAGUAGGCGAAGGUGCAGAUGACGCUGGUGGAGUCUUCGACGACACCAUCACCGAGAUGUGCCAGGAGCUAACAACCGGUGUAGUUCCUCUACUUAUCCCCACCCCUAACUCGGUGAAUGACGAUGGCUUUCAAAGGGAUAAAUACUUGUUGAAUCCGCAGCUGAAUUCACCGCAACACAUGACGUGGUUUAAAUUUUUAGGUAUUUUAUUUGGUGUAGCAAUUAGGACCAAGAAACCCUUAGCGAUACCUCUGGCUCCCAUCAUAUGGAAAUUGUUGGUUGGCGAACCUGUGUCUGUUGAAGAUUUAGAAGAGGUCGACUGUAUGUACGUGCAAAGUUUGAGAAGUAUUAGAGACAUUCACAUGUCGGGAGUCACUGCUGAAAACUUCCAUGAAGUUAUACCUUUAGAGAACUUCGAGGGUACUAGUUGUACAGGAAAGACUGUUCCUAUUAUUUACGGGGGAAAGAAUAUACCUCUAACUUUCGAGAAUCGAAAUCAAUAUUAUGAGCAGGCUAUCAAAUUUAGGAUUCAAGAAUUUAAUGCUCAAAUAGUAGCAGUUAGAGAUGGUAUGGCAGGAGUGAUCCCAGUGCCUUUGUUAUCUCUUAUGACUGCCGAACAUUUAGAAAAAUUAGUUUGUGGCAUCUCGCAUAUAUCCAUUCCAUUGCUGAAGAAAAUAGUUAGAUAUCGAGAAGUGGAAGAAACCCAUCAGUUGGUUCAAUGGUUAUGGAAUAUUUUAGAAGGAUUUUCAGAUAACGAGAGAGUUUUGUUUAUGAGAUUUGUCUCAGGCCGUUCUAGAUUGCCAGCCAAUUUGGCCGAUUUGUCACAACGUUUUCAGAUAAUGAAAGUGGACAAAGCGGUCAAUGGUUUACCUACUGCCCAGACCUGUUUCUUCCAGUUGAGAUUACCACCGUACACCUCUCAAGAAAUAAUGGCUGAGAGACUUUUGUAUUCAAUUAAUAACUGCAGGUCCAUCGAUAUGGAUAAUUAUAUGUUGAUAAGAAAUGUUGAUAACGGAGUUGGAUCUGAUGAAGAAUACUAAUGAAGAGAUCAAAGUGAUAUAGUUAGGUUAUUUCUGAUAAAUAAUUGUGAUUAAGAAGGCGAUUAAAUCGUGUGAUUUUUAUAUUUUACGACAUAAGGCUAGGAUUUCGAAUAAUUGAACAAAUGUAUCUCGGUUAAUAAAUAAAGACUUUUAAAUUAGCAUCAAAAGA